GUGUUAAAAGACGAACUGGUGCAGCAACUCUGUGGGCGCAGCAGACUUGGAACGAACUUUGAAAGGCUUGGACAAGAAGCCAAGACAGUUUCUGGUCGAAAAAGUCGAUUUCGAAGAAAACGGAAAAUUCUGAUCCUCAAGAAGUACUACGCCCCGCCCCUAAUAAUCAACCCCUCAAAAUCCCAUUGAAUCACACACGAUUCCAUGCGGAAAUUCGUGACUGACAGAGCUAAACGGCUUCUCAGCAUCUCGUGUCAAUAUCAGCACUUGCACCGUCCUCUCUCUUCUUCACAGUCUCGUUUAUUUUCCUCCGAUCCACUCUCUUCUUCCUCUUCCAUGGCUUCCCCGUCUGGUUCCUCUACUUCUCUCACUCUCCAAACCAUUAAUCCCAAGGUUUUGAAGUGUGAGUAUGCUGUCCGUGGUGAAAUUGUCACCCUUGCUCAGAAAUUACAAGAAGAGUUGCAGGCUAAGCCAGGAUCUCAUUCAUUUGAUGAGAUACUCUAUUGCAAUAUUGGAAAUCCUCAAUCUCUUGGUCAGCAGCCAAUAACAUUUUUCCGAGAGGUUCUUGCAUUGUGUGACCAUCCUUCCAUUCUGGACAAAAGUGAAACACAGGGUUUGUUCAGUGCGGAUUCCAUUGAGCGAGCCUGGCAGAUUCUGGAUCAAAUUCCUGGAAGAGCCACUGGCGCUUAUAGCCACAGUCAGGGUAUCAAGGGAUUACGUGACACAAUUGCUGCUGGAAUUGAAGUCCGUGAUGGUUUCCCUGCUGAUCCAAAUGACCUUUUCUUGACUGAUGGUGCAAGCCCAGCGGUCCAUAUGAUGAUGCAGUUGCUCAUUAGGUCUGAGAAGGAUGGAAUUCUUUGCCCCAUUCCUCAGUAUCCCUUAUACUCUGCUUCAAUUGCUCUACAUGGUGGAUCUCUGGUUCCUUACUACCUUGAUGAAGCGACUGGGUGGGGAUUAGAAGUUUCUGACCUCAAGAAGCAAUUAGAGGAUGCCAAGUCUAAGGGAAUUGCUGUCCGGGCUUUGGUGGUUAUAAAUCCAGGCAACCCAACGGGUCAGGUUCUUGCUGAAGAUAACCAACGUGAAAUUGUUGAGUUCUGCAAGCAGGAAGGGAUCGUUCUUCUAGCGGAUGAGGUUUACCAGGAAAAUGUGUAUGUUCCAGAGAAGAAGUUCCACUCCUUCAAGAAGAUCUCGCGGUCCAUGGGAUAUGGAGAAGAAGAUUUAUCUCUGGUAUCUUUUCAAUCAGUAUCUAAAGGAUAUUAUGGUGAGUGUGGAAAAAGGGGAGGUUAUAUGGAGGUUACUGGGUUUGGUGCUGACAUAAGGGAACAAAUUUAUAAAGUGGCAUCAGUGAAUCUGUGUUCCAAUAUUUCUGGUCAAAUUCUUUCCAGCCUUGUCAUGAGCCCACCAAAGGUUGGUGAUGAAUCCUUUGAAUCUUAUCUUGAGGAGAGAGAUGGAAUCCUCUCAUCGCUGGCAAGGCGUGCAAAGACAUUGGAGGAUGCAUUCAACAGUUUGGAGGGUGUAACAUGCAACAAGGCAGAAGGGGCAAUGUAUCUCUUUCCUCGAAUUCAGCUUUCUGAAAAGGCAAUUAAAGCAGCAGAAGCAGUAAAAGCCACACCGGAUGCAUUCUAUUGUCGCAGGCUCCUCAAUGCUACUGGAAUUGUUUUUGUUCCUGGUUCUGGUUUUGGCCAGGUCUCUGGUACGUGGCAUUUUAGGUGUACAAUACUGCCUCAAGAGGAUAAGAUUCCAGCCAUUGUCACCCGUCUGACAGACUUCCAUAAGAGUUUCAUGGACGAGUAUCGCGACUGAGCGGUCUUGGCAUGUAUGAGAGAGUUCAGAAUAAGUCAUUACCAACCAUUUCCAUAUACAAACAUGAAUUUUCCCUUGUGCCUCUAGUUUUUGAUGUGUGAACUAGUGGAACCAUGAAUGCUUCUGGUGAACUAGGAAGUGUAACAUAAAUUUUUAUAAUCUAGUGUUAUCUCCUAGGGUUUGGUCAUGUAACAGAAACAGAAAUAAGAGAUGGCUGAUGGGGAGAAGAAUUACAAGAUGGAGUAUAGUCGAUUUUGGAGCCAUUACCGACUACCGUGAUCAUCUUGUGUUAUUGUUCUUUUCCCGUACAGUUCCAUGAGGAUAUGAUCACAUUGAGUGAACUAGACAAAUGUAUGAUCAUCAUCAACCGAGUCUUUUAUCUCAAAAGUUUAGGGUUGAUUACAUGAAUCUAUGGGAGCAUUAUCGGAAA